GUCUGUUAAUUAACAGUGGUUCUCUCUCGUGUCAACUAUCGCGGUCGUCUAGAGAUGGACAUUAGUAUAGUUAAUUAUUUAGAUAAUCAUGUCGGAACUACAGGAAUUCAACCAAGCUGCCGAGGAUGUCAAGAACUUGAGCAGCACACCGGCUGAUAGCGAUUUACUCGAAUUGUACGGCCUUUACAAGCAGGCCAAUGUGGGCGAUUGCAAUACAGAAAAACCUGGUUUCCUCGACUUCAAGGGCAAGUCCAAAUGGGAGGCCUGGAACAAGUUGAAAGGCACCAGCCAAGCCGACGCAAACGCAUCGUCACCAUCCCGUUUUCCCGACGAUACUCCACGUUGGAGCCGUGCAGCGCAAUCUCCCGCAGCUUCAGGUGACAGCGCACGCUGAACGAGCAGACGACAUUAUUGAUCACAAUAUCCAGCUCGGAUGGUGGAUUCGCAUUGGCAGUGGUGGUGUUGACGGUGGUGUUGGCGAUGGUGUUGGGAGUGGUGGUGUCGAUGGUGUUGGUAGUAGUAGUGUUGGUAGUGGUGGUGUCGAUGGUAUUGGUAGUGUUGGUGGUGUUGGUGACAACGGUGGGUGUAGUAGUGGUGGCGUUGUCGAUGGCUGUCUCAGCCACAGUUUCCACUUUGUCCUCAACUGUUGCAGUUGGCGGCUUUGUGGUUUCGGCUUCUUCAUUCACAGACAUUUUUUUACAAAAUUAUUUUUGCUUAGCUUAGUAACAGUUACUAGUCGUAGUUUGAUUUUUACAAUGAUGUAUGCUCAAGGGACAUGGAUAUUCAUCUCUCGCCUGGCCUACUUAGCAUCGACAAAAUCCAUUAGAAGUUACCCAGGGCACACUUUCUUCUGCUACGAAAGGUGAACAGGAGAAAGUAGCAGAGGUGAAGUUGGCAGAAACCAGAGGUGAAGUUGAGUUCACAAUGGAAUAGAGAUUAAUAGAGCAAAUGUGUAAAGACAGAGAAGAUUGGCAUUUCAAUCUCUUAAAUUAGCAAAUAUGUAAUUGAUUAUUAUUAUCAUUUUUAUAAUCAAGAAUGUAUACUUAAAUCAAAUCGUAUACUCUACUCAUUACAUGGUAUCACAAGUUGCAAAGUAAAUAUUGAAAUAGAGCACUCAGAGGUCAAGGAAAUGACUCACUCACUCAUUAGUUUAAAAUUA